UUUCUUGGCCCAUAAAUUGUUUUAAAAAUGGGAGGCCAUCAUACCUGUAAAGUUAUGAGCUGUAGGUCGAGAAAAGACCCUAAUAGAAUCUACCACAGAUUCCCGCUGAAUCCUGAAAGACGCAAGCAAUGGAUAAAAAUUAUAGGCCAAAAAAGCACAGAGAUUGGCGUAAGUUCUCGCAUUUGUUCAAAACACUUUCUAAUUAAAGACUAUUAUGUUGGGGGGAAAAAAUUGAUCCCAACUGCCGUUCCUGCUUUACAUCUGGAUGACAGUACAACAUUAAAUGAUUUAAGCAGGAACAGCUUUAAAAGGUCAAAAAAGUCCACAAAAGCUGUUGGAGGUCCAAUAUCAAGUCAAAUAAAAGAAAACCAACCUUCUAAACAUCUUGGGGAAACAGUUCAACCAACUAUUAAAUUGGACACUUUAAAGCUUAAACUCGCCUCAAACUUCAAUAAGGAAGCUUCCAAUAUAAAGAUAGAAGAACAACCAAAAGGAAAAAAAUGCAAUGCGAAUUCAAAUGUGACAAUUGGCAAAAACAUUACCAAGAACAGUAAUACAUCUUUGGAAGAGAUAGAUUCCUUAGUUACAAGAAUUAAAAUAGGUCGAGAAAAUAUUCCUCUAAACAAAAGAGUAUCCAAAUUAUGUGUGGAUGCUACAAACCCUAAUUUGAAGAUUAAACCUGGAGAAACAACUACAUCAGUUAAUGUCAAAACCAAUUAUCGGUCUGGAGGUUUAAAUCACGGUGCAAGUACACCACCCUCUUUAGGUCACAUUGAUAAUAAACCACUAGAAUCACUACCUAAAAAUCAUGACCGUAUCAGCAAUUUUUCAACUGAUGGUUUGGUUAAUGACCACCACGCUAAAUCUCAGAAACGUUCUACAAAAGAAAUCAAAGCCUCUUUCUCAAAAUCUCUUGGAAAAUCCAUAGAUGAAAAGGCAAAAGCUCAAGAAAUUCUUUUAAAUGAGAUGAAGCCAAACAACAAAACCAAACCAUCAGAAUCAAUAACGGAAGAGACAGCUGCGCCAUCAAAUAAUCCUAAAACAAGAACUAAAAGAACUGUUAAAAAAAGAAAAAGAUUAUUGUCAGAGAGUGAAUCUGAAAACGAUUCUGAUUCCCUAAAAAGUCAGUUCAACCAAAGUAAACAACAAACAAACAAGCAAAAAGUCCAACCAAAGAUAAUAACAAAAGAAAUAAACAAAUCUCAUAGUAGUAUGUGUAGUACCAGUAGUAAGAAUUUGUCAGAAAUAGAGAAGACAAUGGUGAUGCAAAAUAAAAUUCAGUUGUUGGAGAAAGAAGCAAUUUUGGAUGAGAAGAAGAUAGAAACAUUUAAAAAGACUUUGUUAGCUCAAAAAAAUUCUGACUUACAAAUAUUGAUGGACGGGAAGGAGAAUGAGCUACUGCUGCGUAUGGACUCAUUGUACCUUGAGUAUGAUCCACGAAGGAUAUGCAGAUUGUGUCUCCACUUAGUGGAGAGAAAGGAAGAUCUAACUCCUCUUUUUUGGCCAGUGAAAAACCAUGUUUUACUCUCCCUCAUCCAACAGGCAACAAAUGUUGAGGUGGAACAUGAAGACGGAAUGCCAUCAAGCAUCUGCACGGAAUGUGUUGAAGAAGUCAGGAGAGCAGACUGGCUGAAGCGGCGAACACAGAAAUCUAAUUCUAUGAUUAAAAAGUUUGUCGCUUUAAAACAGAAUCAAAAUCAAAGCAUCAGUGGAACAUACCAAAUGUAUGAUAGAAUAAAGACUGACAGAUAUCCAAUAGAUGAAGAAAGUCAAGAUGUCCAAAUACAAGAUGUGUUUUCUUUAGAAAAUUCCCCUGUAUCAAUUUUUGACGACAUGACAAUCAAAGAAGAACAAGACGAAUUGGAGGAUAGCAAACCUUACUACGAGUUGAACACAACUUAUCCCAUGGAUGUGCAGAGGCCAGGAAAAUCCCUACGGUGUAAAAGUUGCAGUCGAACCUUCAAUCAUCACUGGAAAUUGAUGGUCCAUGAAAGGUAUUGUUCAAAGAGGUUUCAAUGCUCUGAGUGCAACAAGUGUUUCCUAACCUCAACAUUGUACAAGAGACAUAGGCUGAAGAUGAACUCCUGCUAUUGUGCAGAACACCUCAGGUAUUGUUCUGAAUGUGACAUCAGUUUCCGAAGAAAGUGGCAAUUGAUGUUCCAUGUCCUUCGACACGACACAUAGAUUUGUAUGUGCUGAUACACUGUACAUUCUGAUGAGCAAUUCCAACAACACCUCUCUGAGGCUCAUUCCUACUAAUUAUCAUAGUUUACUUUCAAUUUUGAUUAUAAAUCCAGGUAGCUGUUCAAGUUUUCUAAGUGAUCCUAAGGCAAGAGAUUGGAUUACUGUAAACCUGUAAACCGGGAUUCGUUCAUGAAUUAGGGUGACCGAAAAAAUCUGUGUAAAUGUUGUGUGGGACUGGGAAAUUUUAUAUUUAUAAUAAUCAACAUUCAACAGUAAUAUUUGUCAAUAAUUGCUGUGUUUUCCUUGUUUGUGUCGUUAUGUUGAGUAAGAAAACCACAAUCGUAGGAUCAUGACAAUGUUGCCGAACUGUGGUGCUCUUGGAAGUCACUGUGAUUGUAAGGAAUAAUAUUAGGUACUGAUGUUGCCGCAAUGAAGCGAGACUAUCACAGACUCAAUUGCAGAAUAUUCACAGCUAUUGACCAAGGGUACUGAUAUGGUUGCUGGAUAUGACCACGAAUAUUACUGUGAUUAUGAGAAAUCAUCCUUUUUGGAUGUUGCCCUAAUCGGGAACAUGAUGAAUACUUCUGCUACCAGGGGAAAUGAGUAUUCAUCAAGGGUGCAUGACUUUUUUGUUCAAACUUGGAAUUUGAGUGAAACAUUUUCUAUGGAACCUCGUUUAAAAUCUUGGAGGUAAACAUGAUUUGUUGUUAUUUCAGUUGGAAUCGUUGUUUCUGUUCCUAUUACCCUUUGACUAUUGAUAAAAAUAUAUAUUCCAUCCCCAUGUUAACGUUGUGUGUGGUGUAGUUGUCGCCAGUUUUUUAAACCAAAAUCGCUGUAGUUGAUGUGAGUCACUGAUAGAUUGCGCUGAUCUAAAUUAAUAUUAAUUUCUGUCGAACACAUAAACCUUUUUACCAAGCUAAAUAAAUAUAAUGAUUUAUUAUUGUGAGCCAUAGCAACUGUUAUGACCCAACAACUUGGUCAGCAAAAAAAGAUAUGGUAGAAAAUAUAAUUUUAGAUACUAGCGCAUUCUGUGACUGGUUCACAUAACUACAUUCUUUUUUCAUAAAAUAUUGGCAACAGCUGGUCCAUUUUGAUGGGAUGUCUAAUUCAGUAUCCUAUAGUCAAUGCUAUAAACACAAUAUUACCAAACCAUUUUUUAAAUUCGGAAUUCUCGUUCCUGCAGAUAAUUCAGAGAUGUGAAAGAUAAACUUUUUUAAUGUUCUCUUAAUAUAUUUUGUACAUUUGUAAGCAUUCCUAUUUUAUCUUAUUCAACCUCUACCAUUACCAAUAUAUGUUAAUUUAUUGCAGCAUGUUUUUGCACUUGUUAACUAUGUACUUUUUUGAUGAAUUAACGAUAUUUGUUAAAUUUAUUUAUUACUUAGUAAUUGUAAAUACCAGGAUUUAAAAUAAUAUGUACCCAUUUUUGUUGUUUUUACUUAAGUGUAAGUUUUGUAUUGUAGCCACACAAUUUUUAUUUUUUAGCUUUUGGAUUUUUUUUUGUUAGUUGUGUAAUUGUAGUGUGGAUGAAAAUGAAAAAUUGUAAAUAUCCCAACUUCGCAAUUUUGAUAUUGAAUAGUGUGACAAAAUCUGUGGUUGACAGGACUUUCUUCACUUGAUCAGCUUCGAACUUAACUCUUUCAAUGCGGCCGUCAUGUUUACUCUUGAAAAUUCCACUUAUCUCAAUGAUAAGGAAUCAGUCGCCGGCGACUGACCCGCACGCAAUGUGUUAAACUUAAGUUUGGUGCACCCAGCAUAUUGUUUUGCAGUUUUGGAAAUGUGCUAUUUGUUUUUUCCUAGUACUGUAGUUUGUUUGUUAGGCUGUGACUCCACUGGCCGUAGAUUAUCAUGAAAUUGUAGCACGCUACACGCGACGGUUGCACAAUGGCUCCACAAGCAACAUAGUAAGAACCACAAUCUGCAGAGUUAUCGUAUGCUCUGCGGCUUGACUAGCAGUUUAGUGUGGUGGUAGACGUGACCCUGGAUCUAUCAUGCCGCAGUUUAAGAUUGGUAAUAUUGCAUUCACUGUACUUUUGGUUUAUAGAAAACGCUGGUCACAUAAGAGAAAAUAAUGGAUACACCUAAAAAUUAGCAACAAAAAGUCUAAAGGGAUGUUCCACAUGUUGAAAGUAUUCAUUAGAAUAUUAUCGAAAACCUCAAAACUUCCAGUUUCAAACGUUUUUGUAAUUUUCUUCACCUUUAUUAUAUGAAAUAGGGCAUUUCUUCUUAUAAUAUAAUAACCUCGCAAACAAGAACAAGCUCCAUUGUUCACAAAAGAAUUCACAAAACUCAACUUAUGUAUGACACUAAACAAGUCUAACAAAAUAAAGCGUCAAAUUGUCUUGUGCCUAUAUGUGUUAUUCUGUUGACUGAGCCUUGACGUGGCACUACAACCUACAGUAGUGGAGCCACCUGAUUGGGGCAAAAUGUAGCGCAACAGGUUCCAUUUCCCUAUGACGCUUCAGACUGCGGCGCACUGUAAUAUGAAUCGUGCUGCAUACUGUCACUCGUGGAGCCAUAUCUUGGUUUGAUCACUACCUUCUCAUUUAUUUGACUUGUCAAUAACACCUUGUUGCGCAAAAAAACUACAGCCAGUGGAGCCGCAGCCUUAGUGUAUGGCUGGUAGUGGUUGGGCUCCGUCCUGCCACCAAUGGUUAGUAGUUAAGUGAUAAUGCCAUGAUCUUGUUGGCAGGAGCAAACCUAACUAAGGGUAAUAGUUUAAGAUUCUCUGGCAAUAAAAACUUUCCCUAUGUGGAGAACUACCUCCACUACAAGCCAUACGAUGAUUUACUUGAUUUUUACUGUAGCGUUAUUGUUUAUGUAUAACAACAUUCUAUAGAAAACUGAGUUCUUGGUUAGUUAAAUUAACGUUCACAACAUGUAUAUUAUUUUAGGUUGUCUUUAAUAUAGUUUGACAGCAUACAGAGUACAACCUAAUUUGGUUUUCAUUUAGGAAUUAGGUAUUCAAUCAUCUUUUUUAAAAAAUUGACAUUAAAACAUACUGAACACUUAAAAUUAGUUAAUGCAUGAGAUUGAGAACAACAUACUGUAUCAUUUUGAUUGUUAUGAUGGCUAUCUUUAAUUUACAUGUAUUAACUGAUUUCUUACAGAUAACUUGUAGUAUUGUGACUUGUAAAGAAAAGCCUUCUUUGGCUUUCUGUUGCCUUUAAUUUACAUGUUUUGACUGAUUUUUGAUAGAUAAUUUGCUGUAGUAUUGUGACUUUAAAAAGAAGAGCUUUUUUUGCUUUCUUUUUAAAUAAAAAAUGUAUUUUGUACAGUUUGAAUAUAAAAAAAUACUGUAAUUACAUACGUUUUUCC